GGGUAUAUAAGGCGGCGGGCUCUGAGGUCGCCUCAUUCGUGUUGCCAUGGUGGAGGUUGUGCGAAUAAGAAUAUUGGAUCUGUUCAAGUGUAUCAAUAAGAUCGAUGACGAGUAUUUGGUCAUUGACGACGACAAACUGUGCAAAGUCUUACGAGAGGCCCGGCCGAAACGACCACGCGGAGGUGCCAGUAAACGCAUGGAGGAAACCGACAUGCCACCUGCUAAGAGAAGAUGCUCACCAAUUCCCCCACGAGCGCCGAGGCCGCAUCCAGUCAAGUCAGAUAAUACCAAAACGCCAGCCGCUGCACCUGUAGUAAAAGAAGAGGCAGAUGCGGACCCGGAAGUCGACUUUGUCGUGAGAGCAGUUCGAGCUGCGCUGCAGGAGAAGAACAGAAAGUCGAAAGAGAACAUCAAUCCGUUGGUGGUGGAUGACAUCUUUAGUCUCGACUGAUUUCUAUGUUGUGAAACUGUUACUGUGACCA